UAAGAUGUAAAAUUUCACCUGCUUUAUGUGCUUUCACUCUAAUACUGUUUUAUGUGCUCUGGUUCUCAGUGACGGGCAGGUAAGUUGUUUUGUUCUGUUCUUUCUCAAGAUGAAGUAAAGGUGCUUUGUUCACUGCUGAACAUCUAGGUUCUUUAUUAACACAAAUAAAAGUAAGAAAUAGAGGACUAGCUUGUGAAUAAAGUGGCUUUACUUUGAAGUCCCCGGACAGGAAACAGCCUUCAACGUUUCCCUAAACUUGCAGUGUUUCCAGGAGUCCUCAGAGUCUCCGCUGACUCCGCUGCUGGAGGUGUUUGAUCGGGAUCAUGGAGCUGGUCUUUCUGUCAGCCUGUCACUCUCUGCACCUCUAACCCUCCAGCUGCCCCACUAUGGCGCUGUCGGAAAACGACUCCUGCUCCGUGCCUGACCUCCCCGAGUUCAAUCAGUCAUUGGACGGCGGACACACACCGGAGUCGGUGAUUGUGCCGGUGGUGUUCGGGCUCAUUUUCGUGUUGGGGGUGGUGGGGAACAUUCUAGUGAUAGUAGUGAUAGGGAAGGUGGGGUACAGCGCAGGUGGGGGAGGCGGCGGUGGAAGUGGAGGAGGAGUUGGGAGGCGCUCCCUCAGCCCGACCAACAUCUUCAUCCUGAACCUGAGCGUGGCGGACCUCGGCUUCCUGCUCUUCUGCGUGCCCUUCCAAGCCACCAUUUACACUCUGCCGGAGUGGGUGUUCGGGGCCUUCCUCUGUACGUUUGUACACUACAUCUUCACCGUCAACAUGCUUGUGAGCAUCUUCACGCUCGUGGCCAUGUCUGUGGACCGCUACAUUGCCGUGGUGCGCUCCAACAAAUCUCUGAGCGUCCGGAGCCCAAGGAACGCACUGGCAGGGCUGUGCGUCAUCUGGACGAUGUCUCUGGUGUGCUCGGUGCCGGUGGCCAAGCACCAGGGCCUCAUUAGCUACCACAACGGAACUUUCUGCUGGGAGGACUGGGCCGGAGCCUCCAAAAACGCCUACAAAGUGACCCUCCUGGUGUUGGGGUACCUGCUACCGCUGCUCCUCAUCAGCUGCUGUUAUACUAAGAUUUUAUUUCAUCUCCAUAAAAAAAUGAAGAACAUGUCCAAGAAGUCUGAGCGCUCCAAAAAAAAAACGGCUCAGACGGUCCUCCUGGUCGUCACCGUCUUCACUAUCUGCUGGAUGCCCCACCACAUCAUCGUCAUGUGGGCGGAGUUCGGCACUUUCCCCCUGACCCAGGCCACCUAUGUCUUCCGCCUCGUGUCCCACUGCCUGUCCUAUGGAAACUCCUGUGUUAACCCCAUCCUAUACGCCUUCCUGUCUGAGAACUUCCGCAAAGCCUGUCGCAAAGUCUUUACCUGCUACUUCCUGUACCCACCGCCGCCCACGGAAAAUGUGGUUCGUUUUCGCAUGGAAAACUUCUCGACCACACACUCCACCACCAACAUAUGAAGGGCCAAGAUAAAUGACGCUCAGGGUGCUCAUCCAGCAGUAAAUGAGGGAAAGCUUUGUCUGAGUGGAUCCGCUGGAGGCAGCUCACAUGAAAAUAAGACGGCGUGUGAUUGGAGGAUUUAUUCAUAAGAAAACAAGAGACUCAUCAGAAACUUGCAGAGCCUGCUGGACUGCUUUAAGUUUUGUGUAAAGAUAUUUCAGAUGAUAUUGUUUUUAAGCUUUAAACUUAAUAUUAAAAAAACAUUUUGUGAUGUGUUGUUUUUUUAUCUAAAAUUUUGAAACUUUCAUACUUUUAGGUUUUUUUUGUUCUUUUUUUUUAAAAGCAGAAGAAUUUUUUCAGACCAUUAACGCAACCUGAAAUCUUUCAGUUUGAAAAUGUAAACUGUCAUCAUAUCAUAAUACAUACAGCAUACAAACGAAAUAUACAUAAACGUUUACAUUUUUCAUAUUUUCAUUCAUUUUGUUUGGACUGACCGAGAGUCUAGAAGAAAGACAUGCGACUUUAACCUCCUAGGACCUGCCGUCCACAUAUGUGGACAUCACAUUUUUGGUUAUUUUGACCAAAAUACUAAAUUUUGCUCUACAUGGGCCUGAUAUCCACUAAC